CUCCGUACUGUCCGAAUUUCAACUUGCUAGUCAGCAGAAGAGUUUCUAGUGCGCGAUCCAUUUCACUUUUCCGUAGCAAACAGUAUCGUACGUAGGUGAGGUGGAAAAAGGCCCAACUCGAAUAAUUCCAUUAUUCGGCGACAUCGUAACGUGAAGACAGCGAGAUUGCUGAGUCUCGCUCUCGCAAGGCGAAUCUUUAGAAGCACUCCUCAGCAGUGCCCGGAAUCGGUAGCAGGAAUUUUCCGCAGUUUUUAUUUCGGAUCGAGAGGGGAAAAGUGCCGUGACUAUUUCAGGAUUACGCGAGUGCAGUGUGGACGUAAGCGUUCCAGCCGUGACAGGGCGGAUAAUUGUUCGAGAUCAAGCGAUAAAUCACAAGACGGUGGAAGCGACAGGAGGAUCCGGAAGGAUGUCUGAGAAACCUGCACAAAAACUGUCGGAGUCGGACGAUUUUACAGAUAAUUCUGUUGAUAACGCCAACGAUGCAGCCCGGGAGGACACAUCGCAACAGAGUGGUCUGGCCACGGUAGAGUCCGAGUACGACACGGCCUCUGAUUCGCCCUCCGAUGGGGAAGAGUACGACGAGCAGGAAGAUGAAACCGAUAGUGGCGAGGAGGAGGAACUGGGUACCGACGCUGAGGACGAUGACGAGGGAGAGGAUGCCGACGAUGGAUCCGACGACGACGUGAUCGAAGUGUUGGAUUACGAGCGGCAAAGUGGCGAUGGUCAGGAGCAGGAAGCGGACAGCAAGCGCAAGGUGGAUGAUGAUGAGGAUCGCAGUAAUCCGCAGUAUAUUCCCAAAAAGGGGACAUUCUACGAACACGACGAUCGUACCGUCGAGGAUGAUGAUGAGGGUAAAGAGGCGGACAAUGAGAACGCAACGAAUGAAGAUUCAUCCGGGCCGACGGGGGAUCGUAAGGGAGUGGACAAAACGACAGCAUCGAAAACAAUGAAAAAGUGGCAAGCCUCAGCCGAUCGCUGGACACACGACAGAUUCGACGAGAGUGAGCAGGCGCCCAAAUCCAGGGCAGAGCUGGUAUCCGCUUAUGGGUAUGACAUUCGCAGUGAGGAUGGCCCGCCGCGUGCUCGCAGGAGAAGACGUUAUGCUCGCGGACCCAACAAAUACACCAGAAAUUGGGAGGAUGAGGACGCGUACUCCAAGUCGAACAAUCCGGAACACAACCGACAACGAAAACCUCCGCGACCGGAGGAGUUCCCAGAGUUGGGAUCGAACAACACUAUAAAAAUGCGUAACACUCAAAACACACGUCGCGCCAGUAAACAAUCGCGAUCGUCGGUCGGUGAUCAGUUGGAUGAGCGUAGCACCGGUGGUCGACAGCGCUCGGAGCGAAGAACAAGCGACCGUAAUCGGGUGAACAAUAGCAGUCGGAGUUCGGGUGCUGGGCCCGAUCGAGAGCGUGGCAUGGAGAGGGAACGUGGCGAUAGAUAUGAACAGCAGCGUGACAAGGGAGAGAGGCUAGACAGGGAGCGGGAUCGUGACCGUAACUGGGACCGAGAUCGUGAUUAUGACCAACAACAGGACGUGAACGGUCGUGAUUACAGAACCGAUGGAAGUCGUUACAGCGUGGAAAGGGUCAGUAAUAAUAAUAACAAUAAUUACCACAAUAAGGAGAAUAAAAUCAGCGGUCGGAAUAGCAAGGAAAAAGAGCGGAGAGGAAGCGAUUACAAAGUUAUCACCUCACUGCAGUUUAAGAAUACGACUAGGAAUAGAACUAGUGAUGUGGCGAUGCCUGUGAGUGGGGGUGGUGCGAAUCAGAUCGCUCACAGCAACAGUUCAGGGGCUCUCUCUGGAAGUAGCAACAGUAACAAAAUGAACAACGCAAUGGAUCGCGUCCCACCUGUUCCAGAGCGGAACCUGAUGGAUCAACGUGCUGCUGCUGUUCAACAUCAUUAUCAAAAUCAGCCACCGCAGUUGAUUCAACAGGCGCAGAUUCCACCGCCACAAGCACAUGUCCAACAGCAACCACAACCAGCACCACAGCAGCAGCAGCAACCUAUUCAGCAUCAUCCACAGCAGUCUACGUACGUGAAUGACGAUCACUAUGAUUCGUAUAGCGAUUCAAAAAUGCCGAAAGAUGCCAAGUUUCCGUACAAUCCACCAGCCAACGCCACCAUCCAAUCUGUCGAAAUCGGACAAACGGAUAUCGCCAAAUAUCCUCCACCGAUCCCCCAGAGAACAAGCAAAGAUCGUCAGCAGGUUUUGCCCGCGACAACUGCAGUCGCACUGAAUACGCGCUCACAGAUCUCUCCUCGUCAGAUAGUUUCGACACAGGCAAAUCAGCUGACGUCAAUUUCCACCACACAACAACUGGCUCAUCAGCAACAGCAGCAGCAGAUACAGCAACAAACUCAACAGCAGUAUCAGCAAUUGCAGCAGCAACAAGCACAAUACCAACAACAGUUGCACACUUUGGCUAGCCAAGGUGCUUCUCCUGUGACGGCUCAAGCUCCACAAACACAAGUUCCGCCACCACAAUUGCCACAACAAGCGCCAGCGCAACUGGCCCAACAAACAACAGCGCAAUUACACAAUGUUCAUUUGGGAGGUGCUUUAGCAAACACUGCCGUUAGUCAACAACAGCUACUACCCAAUGAUAGUGGCUCUCGUUCGUCGAAACGAUAUUCCAACCUCAGACAGCGAUCCACCCUGGACAAUCCCGGAGUUGUGGUUGUUCAAUCCGCAUUGCACGAACAGCAGCAACAGCAAUUACUCCAACAGCAGCAACAACAACAACUGCUUCUCCAGCAGGAACUGCAACAUCAGCAGCAACAGAAACUAACAACACAAGCGCCCAAGCAGCCGCCCUAUCAGCUGAAUCAGCCCCCUCAACAACCGUCUUUGCCACUGAACUUGCCGAAUGAAUAUCUUGUUCAGACAGCUAAUCAAGCUUCGUCCUCGAGCAAACCACAAUCAGCGAGCCAAGCUUCCGUUCAGUAUCAGCACGCGGCAGCUUAUUACACCGCCACCACUCCCACUGGAAGUGACUUCGUUGCCGGUACUACCUCCCAACCUGUUCCACCACCUACUGUUAGUUCGGUUCCCCAGCCGCAAAAUCCUCUGCUCAGUGCACCCCAGUAUCCACAGUAUACCCAGCCAAACUCCGGAACCCAUCAGUACAUUCAAGCUCCACCGCCCGCCGCAUAUAUUCCACAACCCAACGCCACUCCACAGCCAACCCCUCAACCUGCAACGGCUGCUCCCCCGCCCCAGAUCAUGAAUUACGUCCCUUCGAUUACAUCUGCGGCGCAAGCUCCCUAUCCGGCCGCACCAUUCGCUAGCUAUCAGAACUUUAAUGCCGUAGUUCCUCAGCCGGUUGCACCAGCCGUCGUUCCCCACACCCCGUCACCAUCGGCAGCAGCGGCGGCUCUCUUUCAAUCCAGCGGUGGAAUCACCUACUACGCACCACAGUCACAAACCCAAGCUCCAAGGCCGCUGCCAUCGCAACGACGUCCGACCAGUGCUAUACCCAUUCUGGCACCACCGGACCGCAAGCAGAAAAAUAAUCGCUCCGGUACCGAUUCCUCCGGGAAUAGCAUAAACGAAAGCGAUGAAAAUAAUGCUGGCAGCAACGGUGGUGCAAACGCCCCGAUCGGAAGCGCCGAGAACAUUGACCACAUUUUGGACAAUAUGUUCGUGCAGCGACCUCCCUAUCAACCGCCAACUCGAAAAAGUCCAUCGCCCGCACCACCGAUGGCGGCCGCGAAUGCCGUGCCCACUUCGGGCACGGUGUCAUCCACAAGCAAUGGAGGCUCCAAUGUGGACGCUGGCAGCAGCACGGCUCCACUCGUGGCGGAUGUCGGGAAAGAGACCGACAAGGAAACCAUCGAAAUGAUGGGUGAAUCAGUGAAGAAUCUCACAAUCCAGGAAGAGCAAAUGCCAAUUGUGGACCCCAUAGCGCCCAGUGUUACCGAGAAGCUAGAGUUAACUCAGACCGUGGCUCCGGUGGAUCCAACAGCAGGUUGACACUGCUAAACAUCCAUACCCUCUAGAUCGUGAACGACGCCAGCAAGGCAGCGGUUUUUUUUGGAGAUCACUGGAGAGAAGAUGCAUAACGGAUUUGGCCGCUCGAUUACUACACUUACUCAGCACACCUACUGCUUUUGUUUUAUGCGCAGAGGAAGCCACACUUACACCCACAAUACCCAGUUCCUUUUCCACUUUAUUUUUGUUGUUAUCCCAAAGUAUAUGUUGUUAGGACUGCGCCGUCCUAACGAAGAACGAAGACUCUUCUCAUCCAGAUGAGAAAAAAUAUUUAGCACACACGCUAUUAUAAUAAUUUAUCGUUAGCAGCCAGAUUUCAUACAUGGAAACGACACAAUGCGCUUUGAUUUUUUUUUUCUUGCUUGUUUUUUGCUUUUUUAUGCAUCGGGUAUCAUAAAACCCAUGCUCACGUAUAGGGUGACACAUAUAGAACGCUUACCCUGUACGACACAAAAAUUGAAUUGUAGGUCAAUAUUCAAUAUUUUUAUUCUUGAAUUCUACUGGAUGGACUCGGAAUUAGCUCAUAUCCAUUUGCGAAGCAAAUAGCCAGUUAACGGUUUUGAAGUAAUACGAAUUUGAAUUUUAUUUGUAAAUUCACUAUCAUCAGAUAGCCUUUUGCUCCCAGCCAGUGGAGAUCCUUAUAAUAUUUGGAGAUUUGAAAUAGUUGACACACUGCAUAGAGCAGAUCACUGCAAGCAAAAAUAGACAGAGAAAAGCGUAAGGUAUUCGUAGAUAUCGAAAUUUGGAGGCUAUUUGAAGGUUGAAGUCGAAAAUGGAUUAGGAUUAGCAAUAAGGAGACACAUUUAUGAAUGAUAUUUAUGAUUUGAAUUUAUAUAAUAUGUCAGAAGAAUAUGAACAAAAUAAAAAAAGAAACAGAAAAAAAUAUGUUAUCGGAAAAUGCAA